AGACGCUCCAGAGUGUCGAUGUCUAUAAAUAAAAUAUCUAGCUGUAGUCUCCGCAAGCCAGACCGAAAGUUAUAAAACACACAUCGCGCGGAGACGCACAUAAAAAGUGCAUUCAACCACGUGCCGCGUAUUUCACUUUCAAUCGAAAAUAGUGCCUUUUAUAUAUACAACGAUGCCUAACCAAAAGGAGGGAAACGGCAGCUCUCCGGCUGCGAGCAACGGUCAUGCGGAGCCGGAACCGGCACCGAGUGAUGAAGAUAACUCGCUGGACGCCAUUCUCGUGCGUAUUGGCCAGUUUGGACGCUAUCAGAUCAUCAACUACGUGCUUUUGUGCGUUCCCAUGCUCUUCAAUGCCUUCUUUUCGAUCUCAUAUGUGUUUACCGCGAGCACAGUGGUGCAUAGGUGCAACAUCACUCAGUGCGACAGCCCCGCCAGCGUUUACGAGGAGAGCUGGCUGAACUUCACAGUUCCGUACAAGAACUCCGCCUGGGACGACUGCCAUCGCUAUGUGGCGAAUGAAACGGAGCAGCUUUACGCUCCGUUCACGGAUCCAUCUGGGGCGUACUGUGAUGCCGCGUACUUUAACAGAGAGACGGAGACUUGUGGCCAUGACUUCAAGUUCAGGGAUGAGGAGAAGACCAUCUCAACGGAGUUUGGAAUCUUUUGCGCCGAUCAGUGGAAGCUCUCGAUGGUGGGUACUAUCAACAAUGUGGGACAGUUUGUGGGCAUACCCAUUGGCGGUUUCUUUGCAGAUCGAUACGGACGCCGAACAAUGUUGGCCAUAGCUGGAGCACUGAGUGCAUUCAUGGGCGUAAUUCGCUCCCUGUCGACCAACUAUUACAUGUUCCUGAUCUUCGAGUUCCUCGAUAUGGCCGUGGGCAGCACUCUUUUUCCCACGGCCUUCCUUUUGGCCAUUGAGUUGGUAGGCCCCAAGCGUCGGGUGGCUGCGGCCACGAUCAUCACCAUUUUCUACUCCCUGGGUGAGGCAUUCCUCGGCUUCCUGGCCUCGCAGGUCCAGCACUGGCGCUGGCUACUCCGAGUGCUCUAUGCCCCUGCUGUCCUGCAGAUACUGUUUCUGUGGAUACUUCCCGAGAGCGUGCGCUGGCUGCUCAGCCAGGGCUCGGAGGAACGAGCCGCUGCUGUGCUGCGUCGGGCAGCCCGAAUCAACAAACGACCCUUGCCGGAUGAGCAGUUGGAUGAGCUGCUGGCCACCAAUCGCCAGAAGCUGAGUCAGGCCAACGAGAGCCAGUACCCCAUUAUGAAAGCUGUGCGAUUCUUCUCACUCCGUAUUCUGAACUGCUGCCUCUGCUGGUUCACCCACACUCUGAUCGCCCUGGGACUCAGCCUCAACUCGGUUAACUUGGGCGGAAACAAGUACACUAACUUCAUGCUGAACGGGUUCAUCCAGAUCCCCGGUCUGCUCCUUCCACUGAUCAUCAUGGAUCGAAUAGGCCGACGUUACUCGCUCUGCGCAUCGAUGCUCCUCUGUGCGGUCUGCAUGGGCGCCUCCGCUGGCAUUGCACCAGAUAACUACGCUGGCGCCCUGACAUUGUUUCUUAUUGGCAAGCUGGCUAUCACCUGCAGCUUUCAGAUUCUGUACUUCUUUACCUCGGAGAUCUUUCCCACCAAUGUGCGCAACAGUCUUCUUUCCCUUUGCUCCAUGGUGGGUCGCAUUGGCUCAAUGCUGGCGCCGCAGACGCCUUUGCUGGCCAAGUAUUACGCAUACGCCCCGCAAAUUCUCUUUGCCAGCUUUGCUCUGAUGAGUGGUGUUCUUACCCUGGCCUUUCCAGAGACGGCAGACAAAGUACUGCCCACCACCAUGGAGGAGGCGCGCGAUCUGAAUCUGGUAAAACGCCGGGGACAGGCUGUUGUGGGUGAGGAAGCAGAAGGUAGUACUCGUAAGAUGUGUUGAUCUGCAUCCGGUGUUUUAAUGGUAUCCAAAAAGGGCCAAAGAUUUUAUAGCUUAAGUGUAAGAAAGCCAAUGAUGCAUUUGUUAAUAUGUUCGUUAUGUCUUAGUUAAGUUUUGUAUGUAAUUGUCGAUUUUAUUUCAA